ACAUCGCGCCAUGGCUUGGCGUGCGUGUCUGCUUGUGAUCGCGCUGGCCGCGGGCGCCGCCGCCGUGUACAACCGCGACCGCGACCGCCAGCGCGCCGACCCGCGCCUGCUGGACCGCGCCUGUGAGCUCAGCUCCUGCUACCCCGCCACCGGCAACCUGCUCAUCGGCCGCGAGGCUCGCCUCUUCGCCUCCUCCACCUGCGGCGAGCGCACCCGCGAGCGAUACUGCAUCGUGUCCCAUCUCGAGGAGAGAAAGAAGUGCUUCUGGUGUGACUCCAGCAACAGCACCGUCAAGAACGCCCACCUGAACCAUCAGAUACACAAGAUAAUCAACAGGUACGAGCCGGGAACGCGGGACAAGUCGUGGUGGCAGUCCGAGAAUGGCAAGGAGAACGUUUUCGUACAGUUGAACAUGGAGGCCGAAUUUCAUUUUACGCACUUGAUUAUUCGUUUCAAGACGUUCCGACCGGCCGCUAUGCUCGUGGAGAGAUCCUUCGACUUCGGAAAAACCUGGCGCGUGUACCGCUACUUCGCCCACAACUGCGACGAAGCCUUCCCGUCCGUUCCGAAGCACAAUCAGCGGAGCCUGACCGAAGUCGUCUGUGAAUCUCGCUACUCGGGUGUCGCGCCGUCCACUGAGGGUGAAGUGAUAUUUAGAGUGCUCCCGCCGACGAUAAACGUUACGAAUCCUUAUUCGGAGGAGGUCCAAAAUCUGUUGAGGAUGACCAACUUAAGAAUAAACUUCACUAAACUUCAUACGCUGGGCGAUGACUUACUAGAUAAUAGAGCAGAAAUUCAAGAGAAAUACUACUAUUCCAUAUACGAAAUGACCGUUCGCGGCUCUUGCUCGUGCUACGGGCACGCUUCGAGAUGUUUACCGAUGCCGGGAGUGGAAUCGAAAAAUAAUAUGGUUCAUGGACGUUGUGAAUGUACCCAUAAUACGAGAGGAUUGAAUUGUGAAUAUUGUGAAGAUUUUUACAACGACUUACCUUGGCAGCCGGCGGUGGGUAAAACUUCCAACGCUUGCAAGCGCUGCACGUGUAAUAAUCAUGCGACCACAUGUCAUUUUGAUGCUGCCGUAUACAACAAAACAGGCAAGAUAAGUGGCGGUGUUUGUGAUAAUUGUCAACAUAAUACUAUGGGUGUUAACUGUGAACGAUGCAAACCUACGUUCUACAAGGACCCGAGUUUAGAUAUUCAGAGCCCCGAUAUAUGUAGGCCAUGCGAUUGUGACCCUGAAGGAACUACAGACACUGAGGUUUUGUGUGACGACGAAGAUGACAUAGCUAAUAACAAAACAGCGGGUCGUUGCUUAUGUAAAUUGUAUGUUGAUGGUGCGAGAUGUGAUAAGUGUAAGGAUGGAUACUGGAAUUUCGACCCACAAAAUCCGGAUGGGUGCGAGUCAUGCACCUGUAAUAAACUAGGAACGAUCAACGAAAGAGGAUGUGACGCUCUAACUGGAAAUUGCUUUUGUAAACGACAUGUGACAGGAAGAAACUGUGAUCAGUGUUUGCCAGAAUUCUAUGGAUUAUCAGAUAGUGUCGAUGGUUGCUUAGCGUGUGAUUGUGAUGUUGGUGGUUCUAUCGACAGAGAUUGUGAUGUUAUUACGGGUCAGUGUAAAUGUCGUCCUAAUGUAACUGGGCGACGCUGUGAUCAGCCGCUACAAAACUUCUUUGUUGGUGCAUUAGAUUCUAUUGUAAUAGAAGCUGAAUCGAGUCAAUGUGAUUCUCAAAUAGAUGAUAAUGCUAUCCUAAGUCAGAUAUGUCAUGUUGUUAUAAGGGAAAAUUAUCCCGAUGGUAGGAAAGAAACUUGGACGGGUCCAGGUUUCAUGAAAGUACCCGAAAGCAGUACACUUGUAUUUAGAAUAAAUGAUUUGAAAAGAAGCAUGGAUUACAACGUCCUAAUAAGGUACGAGCCGCAAUCCAAUAUAAAUUGGGAAGAAGCUACAAUAAUAGUAAAAAGACCGUAUCCAAUAGAUCCUGAUUCACCAUGUGCUAACGUACGUCCGGAGGAUGAUACCAUAUACACGACUCUUCCAGCUAAUAGUCGAAGUGUUCUUGUUCAACCUGCAGUUUGCCUAGAAAAGGACAAAGAAGUAGAAAUCCGUAUUUAUUUAGGAAAACAAGAUCGCCGUUCACCAAAUAGUAGAGCCACCGUAUUAAUAGAUUCAAUUGUUUUAGUUCCCUCCAUUGAUAGCAUACCAUUUUUAUCGAAUGAUCCUAUAGUAAAAGAUGAUUAUACACGUAAUAAUUGCAAUGACCCCUAUUAUUUUGAUCUUGGUAGAGAUAAUAUUCCAGAUGUUUGUAAAAAAUAUCACGCUAGUAUAGGUUUCUUCAUUAGAAACGGAUCUCAAUCAUGUCAAUGUGAUCCAACAGGUUCUAAAAGUCAUCAAUGUGAUCCUUACACUGGCCACUGUCAGUGUGUUGAAAAUAUCGUUGGCUCUAGAUGUGACCGUUGUGCUCCAGGUACAUACGGUUUUAGCAAAUUUGGUUGUAAACGCUGUGACUGUAAUAGUAUAGGGUCUCUUGACAAUUUCUGUGACGCUGCAAGUGGUCAAUGUAAGUGUAGAGCUAACACUUACGGUCGAGCUUGCGAUCUAUGUCAACCAGGCUAUUUUAAUUUCCCCAAUUGUCAACAAUGCGAUUGUAAUGGGCACGCUAUUGAAUGCGAUGACAAAACGGGCGCUUGUAGAGAGUGUAGAGAUUACACAGAAGGACAUCGAUGUGAAAGGUGUCUUGAAGGAUAUUAUGGGGAUCCUCGACUAGGCGUUGAUAUCCCAUGCAGACUUUGCCCAUGUCCGGGAAUAAUGGGUGAUCCAAACAAGAGUAAUCACGCUGAUCGGUGUGAAUUAGAUCCUGAAACAAAGGAUGUAGUAUGUGAUUGUAAAGAAGGUUACGCUGGAUUACUUUGCGAUGUUUGCGCCGAUAAUUAUUACGGAGACCCGAUUAAAGGCACUUGUGAAAAAUGCGAUUGUAGUGAUAAUAUUGAUAUUACAAAACCAGGUAACUGCGAUCCAUAUACUGGAAAAUGCUUAAGAUGCCUUCACAAUACAGCCGGAGACCACUGUGAAGUCUGCCAAGAAGGCUAUUAUGGUGAUGCACUUGAAAAAUCAUGUUACAAAUGUAACUGUUCAGAAUUAGGAACAAACUUUACGAAAGGAAACUGCGAUGGGGUCACAGGACAGUGUCCUUGUUUCAAUAACGUUAUGGGUAUUAAUUGCGAUCAGUGCACAGAAAAUCAUUGGAGGAUAGCACUAGGAAAAGGCUGUGACCCGUGUGAAUGUGAUCCUAUUGGAUCUAUUUCAGCACAGUGCAAUCCAUAUAUAGGAAAAUGUGAUUGCAAACCUGGCCACGGAGGAAGACAAUGUGACCAAUGCCAAGAAAACUAUUGGGGUGAUCCAAACACUGAAUGUUUCCAUUGUGAAUGUGACUUCCUAGGAUCUGUAUCACAGCAAUGUAUGCGAGAUACUGGAGCGUGUGUUUGUAAACCUGGCAUAGGUGGAUAUAAGUGUGACAUGUGCGCUAGAGGCUAUCUUGGUAAAGCUCCUCAAUGCUAUGGAUGUGGAGAAUGUUUUGACAGUUGGGAUAAAAUUAUUGGAGAUCUUAAACUACAAACAGAAUAUGCUAUCGGAAAUGCGAGUAAAAUAAAAGUAGUUGGCGCUACAGGUGCUUAUACAAGAGAUUUUGAAGAAAUGACAAAAAAAUUACAAGAUGUUGAAGCUGGACUCAAAAGUGCUAAUCUUGGUCAGAAUACGGUAGUUGAACUUAUGUCAAAUGUAUCAGCCCUACAAAACAAACUUAAUGAAGCAGAGACUAAAGUUAGGGAUAGCAAUGAUAACUUAAAUGCUAUAACAUCGAAAAUAAAUCUUGGAAAUGUGUCAUUAGAAGCGUUAAGAACAAGUAUUAACAAUUUAAAAUCAAAAACAUUAGAGUUAGGUAAUAACGCAACCAAACUACAAGAAGCUAAUUUAGAGGGAGCAUUAAACCUUACGCGAGAGGCCAAACAAAGGGCUUCUAAGGCUGCUGAUGAGGCUGAAAGUGUGCAAAAUAUAAUAGCUAAUACAGACAGACAGAUAAAAAAUACUGAUCGGCUUAUUGAAUUGCAAUAUGCUAACUUUAAUAAUACUCAAAAUGAAAAUGACAAAAAAUUAGAAGAAUUACGAGAACAGCUUUCGAAUCUAGAUGCUCAAUUACCAAGUAUUAACGGAAAAAUGUGUGGACAAGAAAGUGACAACUGUGACAUAUGUGGAGGCGCAGGUUGUGGAAAAUGUGGUGGUAUAUCUUGUGAUCAAGGUGCAAUUACAAAAGCUGAGCAAGCAUUAGAUUUUGCAAAUAAAACAGAACACAGAAUAAAGGAGCAUGAACUUAGUGCAGAGUUCCUUUACCGACAAGUUUCACAAGUUAAACAAGAUACAGUUUCCGUGCGGUCACGAGCUAAAGAUUUGUUUAAUAAAGCAAACGACUUUAAAACCGCAGCUGAAGUUAUAACUAACACCAGCCAUGAUUUAACAGCUGAGCUUAAAGAAUUUUUGUCGAAUACAACAAAUACACCUGCUGAUAUACGUACAUUAGCAAAUGAAAUAUUAAACUUGUCAAUAAGUAUAGAACCGAAGGAAAUAACAGAACUUUCCUAUAAAAUAAAUUCAACAGUUUCGCAGCUUACUGACAUUGAAAAUAUUAUAUCCGAAACAGCUCCAGAUUUAGAUAGAGCAAAAGCUCUUAAAUUAAAUGCAACAGUUGUAAAUAAAUCUGCCAACCUAACCCUUGAAAUUGCCAACAAAGUAUCCAAUGCAUUAGAUGAAGCCCAAGCGGCUCAAGAUGCAGCAGAAAAUGCUAUUGAAAAAGCUAAUAGUGAUAUCGAUGCAGCAAAAGGUGAUUUAAUACCUAUAGCACUAGAAACCGAACAGGCACAGAAAAAGGCUAACGAAACUCUUGAUCAUGUCGAAGGUCUUAAAACGAACUUAUCCAAUUUGCAGAAGGAUAUUUUGAAAAUUGAGAGCGAUGCUGAACAAGUAAAGCAGGAAGCCAAUGAUGUUGUGAAUAGAGCUGAAGUAGCGGAACAAAAAGCUAGGCAACUUAGACAAGAUUUCAAGCAAACGAACAUAUCUCUGGCUGAAAGGGCUAACCAAACUUCAAAUUCAAGAGAGCGCGCUCAGCUGCUAUUGAGCAGAGCAACCAAACUGGCAAGUGACACUCAAACACAACUCAAACUGUUAGCUAGCAUGGAAGAACUGUAUAACGGCCACAGUGAGCAACUGAAUGAAUUAGAAAAAGAAAUAGGAGAACUUAAUACACAAAUGAAUUACUAUUUAUCAGAAAUAACCAAACGGUCGGAUAACUAUCGCUCUUGUACAACGUAAAGCAUACUCAUAGUUGGUGAACAAAAUGAUACAAAUGGUAUACUUCAAUUUAAAUUAUUAUUGCCAUAAUAAAACGUAUGCCUAGGUGCCAUACAUUUUAUAUACAUUGUUAUUUUAAUUAAAUACUUGUAGGCUAUG